CGAAAAUCGCGACGAGCCUCAAGAAUCAGCGAACAAUCACCCUUGAACCACACUUAGCACGAAACCUUUGCAAAGAGUUCCGAGCACAAUGGGCGACGUCGACGUAGUUGCAAACCGGUGGAGGCUGGUGGAAGUCGGCCGCGUGGUCGUUUUUGCUUCUCCCAACCAGUAUGCUGGCAGAAUUGCUGUCAUUACCGAGAUCAUUGAUCAUAAGCGCGUCGUCGUAGAGGGGCCAUCAAGCAACGCUUCUAAGGUCGUUCCACGCCACAGCGCCCGACUUGCCGAGGUUCAGCUCACACCGAUUGUUAUCAGCAAACUGCCACGCGGCAUCGGUUCAGGGCCACUGAAGGGCAAAUGGGAGGCUGCUGAGGUUGAGAAGAAGUGGGAGGAGAGUGCAUUUGCUAAGAGCCGGGCGAAGAGCGCAAAGCGAAGGCAGCUGAAUGAUUUCGAGCGCUUCAAAGUCAUGCGUCUUAGAAAGCAAGUCCGCUUCGAGGAGAAGAAGCAACUGGCCAAAAUCAAGGCAUCGGCAUAAAUUCGUAAAUCGGCAGCAUGGAAGGAUAACACGGAUUGCUGACUGAGGGAUAUUCGGGCGCUAUACCUGGCAGCAUAGGAAUUCCAAGUAUUAGCGCUCUCUUGCAUCAUGAUACUAGAUUCAUGGCUCUGAGGACAGGGGCAUAUGGCGUCUGCGUGGCGUGUAACAGUUUACACAAAUGCUUAAAACCAUUGAAAGCACUUAAAUUUCCUGUUUAUUCACCACAAUUCGUACGUCCUUACAUUAAUAUUCGAUAGCAAA